AUGGGAGGUUUAACUUUCAUAGGCGCAGUCAUUAUGUUCACCGCUGCAAUGAUCUCCUCAGCCGAAUCAUCGAUAACGACAUUCAGCAAAGCGUUCAAACCACUUUACGGCGAGGCCAACAUCGUCUCCUACGAGGACGAGGGCUCUGUCGAGAUCGCCAUGGACGAGACAACGAGCUCCGGCUUCCACUCAAAGCAAAUGUACACGCAGGGCUACUUCGAGACCUCGCUGAAGCUGCCGGACAGCUACACCGCCGGCGUGGUCGUCACCUUCUACUCCUCCAACAACCAGAAGUACCCCUACCGCCACGACGAGAUCGAUUUCGAGUUCCUCGGCGGCGGAAAGUGGUCUCUCCAGACAAACUUCUACGGCGAGGGCCACGUGGAGCGAGGGAGGGAGGAGAGGUACGACCUGUGGUUCGACCCGUCCGAGGAUUUCCACCGCUACGCGAUCCUGUGGGGCCCGGAGCGGAUCACGUACUACGUCGACCGCGUCCCGAUCCGGCACGUCAACAAGGCUCCUUCCAUUCGGGAGGAGUUUCCUUCAAAGGAGAUGAGGCUUUACGCCACCAUUUGGAACGGGUCGGAUUGGGCCACGGGUGGGGGGAAGUAUAAAAUGGAUAUGAGUUAUGGGCCGUUCAUCGCCAAGUAUUCGGGCUUCGUGAUGAACGGGUGCCCGUUUAAUGAAACGGCCCAAGACUGCCGUGACUAUGGGAUGGGUUUGACGAGGGUUGAGAGAUUGAAGAUGAAUGGCUUCAGGAGGCGUUGGAUGACUUACUCUUACUGCUAUGACAAAAAGCGUUAUCCCCUUGCUUUGCCUGACUGCGUUUUUAAUCGCAAUGAAUUGCGACAUCUCCACAAGCUUCAUCCAAAAACGUUCGGAUCCAAUUAA